AUGCAGAAGAAAAUGUUUAUUCUCAUCUGUUUGUGCUCAUGGAGUCUGGCUGGUGUGUUUAGUGAGUCAGUGUCAGUGAUGGAGGAAGAAUCUCUCACUUUAAACACUGGUGUUACUGAAAUGCAGCACGAUGAUCUGAUAUUGUGGACAUUUGGACCCCUUCUCAUAGCUAAAAUCAACGGAAAAGACAAUAAGAGAGAGUUUUAUGAUGAAAAAUUCAGAGACAGAUUGAAGCUGAAUAAUCAGACUGGAUCUCUAACCAUCACAAACACCAGAACCACAGACUCUGGACUUUAUACAGUCACCAGCAGCAGAAUAGAGAUGCCGCUCAACACAUUGAAUAUCAUUGUCUAUGCUCAUCUACCUGUUCCUGUCAUCAGCAGCAUGUCUUCACAAAAUCUAUCAUCAUCAGGAUCAACAACGUCCAAAUGUUCACUGCUGUGUUCAGUGGUGAAUGUGAGUGAUGUGAGUCUCUCCUGGUACAAAGGAAACAGUUUAUUGUCCAGCAUCAGUGUGUCUGAUCUCAGCAGAAGUGUUUAUUUACAUCUGGAGUGUCUGGAUGAUUCCUACAGCUGUGUGGUGAACAAUCCCAUCAGCAACCAGACGCAACAUCUCAACAACACUCAACUCUGUCAGCCAUGUUCAGACUUCAUCCACUGCUGUGGACCUACUGAAGCUGUGAUCCGAUUGGCUCUCUCUGCUCUGGUGGGCGUGGUUGCUGUGGCUGUUCUUGUUUAUGAUAUCAGACCAAGACAUCUUCAACAGAGGAGGGAGCAGACGUCACCAUCAAACUCUGAAUAA